GGAAAAGGGUGUGUCUCCUGUGCCGCGAUAUCUGGUGUUCACACCGCUUCAACCCGACCACAUCUCCAACUUAUGGCAUCGAGCAGCAAGCAACUCAGUUGCGCCGACUACCACGUCGCGUGGAUAUGCCCGCUCAUCGACGUCGAGCUGCUGCCGGCGCGGCUGAUGCUAGACAAGGAGCACCCCACCCCACCGUACGACACGCACUACGACGAAAACACGUACAUCUGCGGCGCGAUUAACGGCCAUGCCGUCGUGGUCGCGACCUGUCCGCAGGGCGAGACGGGCAACGUCAAUGCCGGGCGGCUGACGGGAUUUAUGUUCAAGACGUUCCCUAACAUCAGGAUGGCCGUCCUCGUCGGCAUCGGAGGUGGGAUCCCUCGUUCACCGCCAUCUGAGGAUCCGCUUGAGGACAUCCACCUGAGAGAUGUGGUGGUCGGGUGGCCUGGCGACGAGAAGCCGGCGUGCGUCUACCACGACCGGGGCAGGUUGAAGGUGGGUGGCCAGUUUGAACUGGUCGGCACGAUGCAGGACCCAGAGUGGAGACUCACGAACGCGCUCGGCGUCCUCGCGUCGGACCAUGAGCUGGGUCGAACGACGUUCGCUGAUCAGCUUCAGCGACUGCAGAAGCACAAGAAGUUCCCCCACAAGUUCGCUCGUCCUGGCCUCGAGCACGACCGGCUCUUCAAGGCCACAUACUAUCACAUCGGAGACUACAAAUCCAAUUGUGCGGCAUGCGAUGGGACUGAGCUCGUCCAGCGACCGCAGCGGAGCGCAGACGACGAGCAUGAGCUCGUCUUCCAUCGAGGGAGGAUCGCGACGGGUAAUGCGGUCAUCCAGGACGGCGAGCAGAGAGAUGUGAUUGGCGCCAGAUGCGACGGGGCGCUGUGCGUUGAGAUGGAAGCCGCGGGCGUCGACGUUAACAGGAAGUGUCUGGUCAUCCGCGGCGUCUCUGACUACGCAGACUCGCACAAGAACAACAUGUGGAAGUCUUACGCAGCUGGAAAUGCGGCCGCAUUUACCAGGGAACUGCUCUGCAGAACACAGUCAGAUGUAGUUAAAAGGAAAAGUGUGUCUGAAGGUUAGUGAUAGGUUUACUUUGCAAUGGGCUGCGUUAUAUGCAGAGCUUAGCAAUACAUCAAUGGCACUCUUAUUUAGGCUAAC